AUGUGGCUCUUCCGAGUCUUCUCGUCGGCCAUAUUCCUUACUGUCACGGUCUCCUCCAUCCCUCUAGCAUUUGAUGUUGGUGGGAAGACUUGUGGUCUGGCCUUUUCACUCUCCUUGUCCGCCUUCUAUUUCCUCUUUUCGCUACUUCAACUAUGCACUCCAGAUCGCUCUUGGUUUCGCUCAUCUCUCGUUGCCACCGUUCGCGCCACACAAUGGGUCAUCAUCCCUAUUCUAUUGAUCUGGUCCCUGAAUCGGUUCUCCGUUGAUGGUGAUAACAGCGGCGGUUGGGUGGAGCGCACCUUUAGUCGAAAGCGCGCGCAAGAUGGCUUUAUUCAGGAAUGGCUAUUUGGUCGUGAGGGCCUGGUAGAAACUAUGAGCCUGGGUAGCUGGGAUCGACUGCUAAGGUGGUCGACUCCUAUCUUCCAACUGGUGGAGGGCUUUUGCAGCUUGCUGGUCAUUCAGGCAGCCGGACAGAUCACUCGGUGGCUUGUGAAUCGAGGUGGCCGCAGUGACAGCUGGAUGAUCGGUCUCCUGGUGCUCUCAGCUACAGUAAUCUCCAGCUCCGUUUACUUCCUCUGGCGCGUUCUACAAUUUCCCGAAAUCUCCAACGUGGAUGCAGCUCUGAUCGGUGUCUCUAUCACUUGUGCCGUUAUUCUGUGCGCCUGGGGUAUUGGCAGUGGUCGUGGAAAUCCAGUGGAGAGCUCUCUGCUCUUUGCCUAUGUUGUACUAUGCAUAUAUCAGAUCUUCACCGACUACCAGCCUUCAUACCCGAUAGAGUAUACACCCUCUCCGCCUUCUCAAGUUGGGGAUUUCCCUCCACUUCCGCCCAUUAUCAUGGCAUCGUACACCACUCUGAUGCACGCAUUUACUCAACUACCCUCAAUUAUCCACGCUGCAUUUAACGUUAUAACAGCUGUCUUUAGUGCGGUCACCCCAUCCGUUUUGAUUUCACUCGCCUAUCGGUUGCUUGUACUGUACGCUUCAACACGCAUUAUUCCUGCUGUGCGUGAAUCUGGGGCGCGAGCCCUCUCCCAGGAAGCAUCUCUGGAAGAUUCUGAUGGAGUCGGUCGCCUGCUGGGAUUCCUGAGCUACUUCUCUCCCUCGGUUCUCAUCGCAGUCUACACUAGUCUGUUGAUGCAGCAUUUCUCAUCCACUUUACAAGCGGUAGGAAGCAACGAGGAGUGGUGGAGCAGUCAAGACAUUGGUGGUGGUAACCUUUGGCGCUGGAUCAAUGUUGCAUGCACCAUGGGCCUGUAUGCGGUGGAGUUGUGGCUGGGUGAAAAUGACGACCUAGACAACGGACUAGCCGGUCACUGGAAGACUGACUGA